AUGGCGCCCCGAAAAGAAGCCAUUGACGAGAAGUCAAAGAAGAACUCUGCCGCGAAGAAGACUGAGAACCGAGUCGUAAAGAGGCCAGCCAGAGGGUACCACAAGUUCAAGAAUGGGAUGCUGAAUGUAACGCCUAAAGGUGGCGAGAAGGAGCUAGUCAAGAACAACCAGAAUUCCCCGCUUCUACGCCUCGCACCUGAGAUCCGCAACCGCAUCUGGACAUUCGUGCUUGGGGGCAUGCUGUUCCGGCCGUUGUUUUCGGGGCGUAGUUAUAAGAAGAUGCGUCCGUCCAACAUUGACCGAAACGAUGGCCUCACUCUACUUCGUACCUGCAGACAGAUAUACCAUGAGACUGCCCUACUCCCUUUCAGAUCUAACUUCUUCAUUUUCUCGGCCGUUAGCCUAUGGGGUUCAAAGCUCAAUAUGUUCAGAAUGCUCAGAGGGUAUCAGCUGCAGCAAAUCACCUCUAUCAAGCUGGAAAUCGACUCCUUCACGGGUGUGAAUCUCCACACUCUGCAACUUGUCUUUGAUGGUUGCUCUAGACGAUCACACGCAUCCAUGUCCCAAGCUUUGCCAGGGUUGAAACACAUUCAUAUAUGUGUUUUCAAUCCUCCCGGUUUGAGCGAGUCAGUCUUAGAAGAUUACAAGAAUCGUAGACUUGAGCAGAUCAAGCAGAUCAAGCAGUUCUUUUCCGGCAGAAAUUUGGACAUUUCAGUCGAGAUGGUCAUAGGUGGACCUCUAGGCGAUACGGGAGAACACGGUUUCUCAUGA